CGUCAGUCUACCCAUUCCCUUGCGGACGUCUCGGUUGGCCAGGUCACAACGGGAGGUGAGGGAUUGAUUCCUUUGCUUCGGUUAAGUUACGCUUGAGUUAUGGUUGGCAAGCCAGCCUAAACAUCCAUCAUCACUCUAGGUUCGAGGGAUAAAAGAGGCUCAGCUUGUUGGUGACGUGGAGCUAAGACAAGGUUAUAUACUAAGUUACGCGAGUUCCAAAGGGGAGCCUUUGCAUGACUCGGGGAAUUCUCAACCAUCAUGAGUGAAUCCCUUUACCGCAAAAAAGACAGAUUGUCGUUCGUCUCCCGUGACAACACCUUGAACCAGACUUCUACCGGUAUCAUACCCGAAUUAUUGCUCCCUCGACUGCCCUGGUUAUAAACCCUUCCGGGCGGCAAGGUGUCUAAGCUUUCCCCACCCUACCGCCUUCAUCAACGGCAAGCUCCCGCUCGAAAGGAAAAAAGGAAAGAAAAUGCCCUCUCCGACACUCCACGGCUCCUCACGAACCCGUAAAUGGAUAUUGUCGAGUCCGCCGGUGGAAUGGGCUAUGAUGCAGUUGCAGGAGCUGUUGGUCAAUGCUCUACGCCAGGGAUCAGUUCCUCAACAUGUCGCUUUCGUCAUGGACGGGAAUCGCAGAUUCGCUCGGAGUAAUCAUAUUGAGACUGUGGAAGGACAUAAUAUGGGGUUCGAAGCACUGGCGAAGGCGCUCUGCUACAAGGCUGGUGUAAAGGUGGUCACCAUAUACGCAUUUUCAAUCGAAAACUUCAAAAGACCCCUCCAUGAGGUUAACGCGCUUAUGGAGAUUGCAAAGAUUAAGCUUUCGCAGCUGUGUCAGCAUGGGGAGUUGAUGGAUCGGUAUGGAGCGAGUUUAAGGAUUCUGGGACAUCGGUCGUUGUUGAGACAGGAUGUGCUCGAAGCUAUUGAGCAAGCGACAGAGAUGACGAAGCAUAAUGAUAAGGCCAUUUUGAACGUCUGCUUCCCGUACACCUCCCGGGAUGAGAUGACCACUGCAAUUCGGGACAUUACUGCGACUCCGGGAUUGAUGGACAUCGAGUCCAUAACCGAGAAAACUAUAACGCAACACAUGUUCACGUCGGACUGCCCACCGCUGGACCUCCUCGUGCGAACCAGCGGCGUGGAGCGGCUAAGCGAUUUCAUGAUGUGGCAAUGCCACCAGGACACCGACAUUGUCUUUUCCGACUGUCUCUGGCCGCAAUUCGACAUCUGGAAGUUCCUGCCCAUCCUGAUCAAUUGGGGCGUCAAGAGACGGAAGUUGGAGAAGGGGAGGGGCGACGUAGAGGUUCGGGGCGUCGGUAUGGGCAUGGGCGUAGGUAAGGGUGGUGGGUAUUGACUAUUAGUGAGAAAGGAACGGGGGUGGGUAUAUGGUGUUGUUGGGGUUGUCUGGAUGGGUAUGUUUGGCGUGGUUUGGAUGCUGGCCUGGGGGUGAGGUGUUUUGCAAGGAUGGAGUUGUUAUACUUGCUUGACUCGGUCUCUCUCUCCUUUUUUUUUUGUUCGGAGGUAGAUAUUUUGAUAGAGAUUUUGUGCUGUAUUUUUUUGCCCGUAAUACAUUAUAUCCUUUG